AUGGUAGAUUUCACAGUAUAAUUUUGAUAUUCAGACAGUCUAGGAUGAUUGAUUUGUAUGAUUCACUUUUUGAAGUACACAUAACUCUCGGAUUUAAAUCCGAAGUUUCCGCAUUUAUUUUUAUUCAAAACAGAAAGAUAUAAGUUUUCUGGCAAAAAUAAUCGAUUUAGUCUUCGUUUCUUUUCGGCCUAUCUAGCUUCUCCGAAGUUUUAUACUGUCUUCGUGGAUAAGUGCACAAAGAAAACUCCAAAUACCUUUGCCUGACUUAUGUGAAUUUUGGGUUGAAAACGUCCAUCAACCAUCAAUCACACAGACACAAAGCUACUCGGAAGUUUUUUAAUAGAUCGCAUUUUGUGAAGCUUUUUUGGAUGAUGAUUCCAGUAAAAACAAUUCUAUCUGCAUCGACGAACGGCAAUGUUAGGUUUAAUUAUUCCAGAAUUGUAGAACUUUCAAGUGAUUCAACAUUUUCCACUCUUUCUAUUCUACUUGCGUAAUUCGUUAAUGAAAAUAGAAAGUUGUCUAUUGCAAUAGCUAUCCGAAAAAGCUCUCAAGAAUAGCAAUUAUGAAAAACGUCUAGCAUAUUUUGGCGUUUUUAUGGCUGACUCCGAAUGAAAAUAUUGAGAAGAAAUGGUUCAAUUAUGUAAUCAAGUUGAUGGCGCCAGAUUGUGAAUUUUCCAAAACAAAAAACGUUGAUAAUUGAAAUAAAAAGUAGCAAUUUCGCUCGAUCAUUCAUAAAAUUGAGCUUCAUAGGUCAAACUACGACGGAGAUAUAGACUUUUUGUGUGAGAAAACUUUUCGAAUGAUUCACAGAUUAAAUGUCAAUAGUCUAUGAGUCCUAAUGACAGCUGCUUCGCUUCAAAUUUUUCUGCUUAUGACAUUUGACUAUGGCUGAAAAAAAUAGAAUUUCAACUCCAGUAAUUUUAUUAGAAGGUAAAUUUUGCAGUAAAAAUUCAAUAUCUCUUAUUCUCUAUUAUCUACUCUUUGCGCUCCUACUAUUGCCUGUUGAUUAUUAUAACUAAUUUAUUUUGAAUUGAAACAUUUAUAUAUAUAUAGGAGCGCAUCUUUAUCCAAAAAUCAAGUAAGCUUUAAUAUAUCUUCAUUUAACUAUAUUUUUGACGUAACUUUUAUUAGGUCACCAGAACGUCACUGGUAUAGCAAGAAAAGAUUUCUCAUCUUGAUCAGCUUAUUGACGACUAUAGUCAUCACGGCAGUUGUUCUAGGUUCUGUUCUGGGAUCAAGAUCUACGAGAUCUAUUAACAACUCAUCCAGUGUGUAUUUUGAUUUUCUUUUCAACUUAAAGAUAAAUAAUGCUUACAUAUGAAACAUGUGAUUGUUUCAUGUUGAUGAAGAUCAUCUUUAUCCAAGUCAUUGUCUUUCUAUUAUUGCCUUAUGGGUUUCCAGAUUUUUUAAUUCUUUAUUGAGCACACUCAAAUUGUUUAUGGUUCUAUCAAAACCGAGUCAAACUCUUAGCAGAAAAAAGUAGAUAGUACUUUCUUUCAUUUCGAAAAAAUAUAAUGCAUUUUUGCAGAGAGAAUGCAUCUUCAUGGCUGGUGCCACCUAAAGGAUCAGUUUUUAUGAAUAAAUGAGCACUCAAAAUGCGCAGAUAAUUAUCAAAGUAGAUAAUCUAAGAAUAAACAUUAAAAAAAUAUCAAAAAUAUCUGAAACGAUCCAAUUUUUCAUCCAUGAAUUUCUUUCUAAAGUUUUUUCUUUCAAGAAAGUUUUGUAGUUUCUUUUUGUUGAACGUUUUUUACGAUAAUACAAUCACGAUAUCAGACAGGAAGAUGGCUUCAAUUCUAUGUAAAAUUAGGGAAAAUGUAGGUAUACAUAGAUAGAUGACGCUUGAAUAGACUAUUGGAUUAAAUCGUUCGAGAAUCGAUGCCGUGAUAUUAAAGACUCUGAAAAUCUGUGAUCUUGUGAAAUUCUAGAAUCUUUGUCAAACUAGAAGUUUGGAAAAGAAAUAGUUUAGCCUGUUACUUAAGGCAAUCCAAAAGUAGGAAGAAUGGUACGUGAAUUCCUUAUAGAAAACUUAAAGAAACUUUCUCUCUAUGCCAUCUGAUAGAGAAAAGAAUGCUCUAUUUUUCUGUUAUUUCAGCAUAGUUCAACUUAUAUCAUAAUAAUAAAAUUUCGAUAAGAUUUGUUUCGUUAUCAUAUGUACCGGUUGUAUUAUUACUCAUUUAAAAAAAAUACGCAUGAGUAUGUUUUGAAUAAAUUUCGAUAGAAACAAGAUAAACAGCUGCGGUUCUCACCAUUGGCAAAAGGAAAUGGAGACGCCUUGAAUCGUAUAUUUCAGGGUUUCCUGAUCUGUUUUUGUAAGGCUUUCCAUUGACCUUUUUAAGUACAAACUUAUCCGGUAAGUUGUUUUACAGUGAAUUUUCAAUGAUCGAGUGUAAUUUCAAACUACUAAGCGAAAAUGUACAAAGUGCCAAAGGCUAAGAUGAACACUAUAUAUUCUAGUCGAGCCUCUAAUAUGAUUUUCUAGGAAAAUUUGUGAAGAAAAGCUCACUUUUAUGCCUUUUCUUUUUUUUUCAUAAGAAAGUAUUUUCCCGACAAUUAGAGAAUUGAAUCAAAAUACUUCAGAAAUCAAUAUUAGAAAAGCUACAAUACACGAUUUCAUGCAUCCAAACAUGCAAGCAAAUCACAAUUUAUCGAAAUUUUUAUUAUUAUGACAUUAGUUGACGCAUGAUCAAAUACCAUAGAUAAAAAAAAACAUUAUUUUCUCUAUCAGAAUAUAUAGAGACAAAGUUUUCUUAAGCUUUUAUAAGGAACUAAUUGCUCUAAGUAGAAAGUCAGAAAUCUUUUUAGAGUAUAUCAGAAAUAAUACAGCAUUUGAAAGAUUUUAAGUAGAAAGAACCAUUAGCUGGAUAACACGUUUCUUACGUCUGCCAGAGACACUGCAUUUAUAAAUAAGUCGCCAAAGAAUGAAUUAUUGAUAAGGCACCAUGCAAUAGUUAAUAAUGAUUUUGCAAUAGAUGAAAUACUCAUAUGCUUCAGACCAGUCAGCGAGACUUAUAAUUAAGUGUAUUAAAUGCAUCAAAUCUCACAAUCUGCAUGAUGGUACACAGAAGAGAAUUGGAGAGUUUAUUAAUAUUCCAUUGAUCUUUAUCAUGUAAUGUAUUUUUUUGUAAUAUUGUUUCGUUUUUAUAGAAUUGUGUGUAAAUCCUUAUACAUCUUCAACAAACUAUAAGACUGGCAACUCUCCAGUAUGUGUGACUGUAGGUGAUUUCAACAAUAAUAAACAACUUGAUCUGGCAACAGCAAAUCAACAAGAUAACGAUGUUAGUGUGCUGAUUGGAAAAGAGAAUGGAAUAUUUCAACCGCAGUACGAAUAUGCAACUGGCACUAAUCCCUAUUCGGUGAUAUCACAUGAUUUCAACAAUGACAACAAACUUGAUCUAGUAGUGGUAAACUAUUACGAAGAUGCCGUCAGUAUUUUGCUUGGCAACAAUGAUGGAACGUUUCAGGCUCAAGUGAAAUAUACGACUGGUAUCUAUCCCACAUGCGUGACAGUGGCUGAUUUCAACUCUGAUAACAGACCGGAUUUGGCAGUAACUAAUGAAGGCAGCACCACAGUCAGCAUUUUGCUUGGUAAUGGGGAUGGAACAUUUCAAAGUCAGCAUGAAUAUAGAACUGGUCUCGGUCCAUAUUCUUUAACAUCAGGAGAUUUCAAUAACGAUAACAGACUCGAUCUGGCAGUAGCCAACUCAUAUGAAAGCACCGUUAGUAUUUUGAUGGGCAAUGGUGAUGGAACGUUUCAAAGUCAAGCGCCAUACAGGGCCGGCAGCACUCCUAAAGCUGUCAUAUCAGGUGACUUCAACAACGACAAAAUAUUGGAUCUGGCUGUAUCCAACUACUACGAAGAUACCCUGACCGUGUUGAAUGGCAAUGGGGAUGGUACUUUUCAGGCUCGUAUAAACUACAGGGUUGGUGAUGGUCCACAAUACUUAGUAUCAGGUGACUUCAAUAACGAUAAUCGAUUGGAUCUGGCUGUAGCCAACUAUGAAGAAUCGACUGUCAGCAUAUUGCUUGGUUAUGGGGAUGGAACUUUUCAAUCGGAGGUGAGAUACUCAACAGGAAGUAAACCAUCUUCUAUAAUACUAGACGAUUUCAACAAUGAUACGGAACUGGAUCUGGCAGUUGGGAAUGAAGGUGACAGUACUGUAAGCGUACUACUUGGUUAUGGGAACGGAACCUUUCGACUACAUACCACGUAUCAUACAGGCAACAAACCAACGUCUGUGACGUCAGGUGAUUUCAACAAUGAUAACAAACGAGAUCUCGCAGUGGCCAACUCAGCUGACAAUACUAUUGGUAUUUUUCUCGGCGACGGAGAUGGAAACUUUUACAGUGGAAAGAACUUUGGAACUGGCAGCGAACCAUCUUCUAUACUAUCGAACUAUUUCAAUAAUGAUCUCAAGUUGGAUCUGGUAGUGACUAACAAUGGCGAAGAUACCAUCAGCUUGCUACUCGGCAAUGGAGAUGGAACCUUUCGAACUGAAGUGAGAUAUUCCACUGGCAUUAGUCCAUCAUCGGUGACAUCAGGUGAUUUCAAUAAUGAUAAAAAUCUUGAUUUGGCCGUUGCCAAUCAAGGCGAAAACACUGUGAGCGUUUUACUUGGUAAGGGAGAUGGAACCUUUCAUAAUCAAAGCAAGUACCUAAGUGGUAUCAAUCCAAAGUCUCUUAUCUCAGUUGAUUUCAAUAAUGAUAAGAAACUCGAUCUGGCAAUCGCCAACUACGGCGAAAAUAGUGUCAGCGUAUUGCUUGGUACCGGAAUUGGAACCUUUCACAAUCAGUAUAAGUAUGUGACAGGCAUGAAUUCGUGUUCUGUAAUAUCGGGCGAUUUCAACAAUGAUAAUAAAAUGGAUUUAGCAGUAGCUAACUCAGGCGAACAUACGAUCAGUGUGCUUCUUGGUAAUGGUGAUGGAACUUUUCAAACUCUCAUGAAUUAUACAGUUGGUCGGCGUCCAGAAUCUAUAAUAUCAGGUGAUUUCAACAUUGAUAACAAACUGGAUUUGGCAAUAGCUAUCUACGACGAAAAUUGUAUUAUUGUGUUGUUAGGCUAUGGGGAUGGAACAUUUCGUACGCAGUAUAUCUAUGGAACUGGUCGACAACCAUUGUAUUUAAUUUCAGGAGAUUUCAACAAAGAUAACAAAGUGGAUCUGGCAGUGGCUAAUGAGUUUUCUGGUGACGUGUCUAUUUUACUGAACGCUUGCUAG